AUGUACACGCCUCACUCGACGAGGGCUAUCAUUGAAGCUCUUAAGGUUAGUCAGCGAGCAGGCCUCGGGGUGAUCUGUAAGAAAUCCUGAUGCUAAUACAUGAGUACCACUUGUUUAACCGGGGUGUCUAGGUGUCCAGUUGUUGGUCCACGUAAUGGUCGCAAUAGGUCGCUCACUUGAGUGCAGGUAUAGACCACGCCUAGAGUUCAUUAACUGGCACCCAAUUCUCAGAUUUGGCUUCCCGAAACUAGGCUCUGCCCGGCGGCCACACCCCGGUAACCGCCUCGACCGGCAGGCUAAGCCAGGUGAAGAUGCCCGUGUGUGCAUCUUCAGACGCGGUAACUCGGCUCCCCUCCCACCACCGCUGGCUGAAUAGAUCACCGCGUCGGCAUCUCCGAGUUGAGGCUUCGUCUGCUGCCCCACAGGAGGCCACAAUCAAUCAGCAAGCUACUGAUCCAAUGGCUGGAUGACCGGCCCCUUUCUACUCCUUCCCAUCCAUUCUCCGCCCAUCAGCCUCUCUACUCUAUCCUGCUCACCUGCUAUGCGGCCGAAAGUCCCACGGACCACUGGAUCGCCACCUCUACAGCCCCACAGGAGACGUAGAAAUCUACGAAGCGUCACCGCCGUCACGACCAAACGCGAACUUGCAAAUCGUAAUCGUCCCCACCUCGCAAUGUUAACGCUCAACUGUCCGCAACCUGCCCACGAUGUUAACUAACGUUCCGGGUACCAGUUGGCCUUAUUAGACAUCUUCAAACCAACUGCAGCAUCCGAGCGACACCACCCGGCGUCCCCCCUUACACCUCUGUCUUUUCCCUUUGCAGACAAUCAGCACUGAACGCCCUCCUAGAUCCCCAACGCCAUCCACCAUCGCCCCAACAUCCGCUGCAACGGCUCCCGUACCCACCACCACUGCAUACAACCCAGACCCACCGAAAAGCAUCAACGUCAGCACCGUCAACGCCAGCGACGUGGACUCGGUCGAUAACUACUCUUAUUGCGACCGCACAUUCACCCCGCACAUCGGCCUGGUCAGUCACUUGCAAGUUCGCGCACAGAGACUGGCGAGCCAGUGCCUGGAGCACUCACCACUUCCGCCUCCACCUUCCGCACUGCCCCAGAACAUCCACUCACCGCAUAGGCCUACUAGUUCACAUGCAUAUCCAUGA